ACCGCUCUUAUUCUCUCAGAAUAAUUUUCCAGGGAGUACGUCAGUUCGACCAGAAUGAGAACUUUCAACUAUAUCUUCCUAUUACUUACCACAAUAGUGAUCUUCUUUGCUGUGAACGCUGCUGAAGGCGGAUCAAUGGCGGUCUCAAAAGAAGGGAUAAAGAUGUUGCCGAAACCGGUGCAUUGGUGUGGACAUGAUGAACUCAUGCGUAAAUUCAAACCCAAACCACUUUCUCCACUUCCUGUAAAGAAAUUCAUAAAGAAACAGUGAUAUUUUGUGCUCGAUUGUCGAUAAAC